CCCAGCUGCUCCCCCUCAGCCAUAUCACACAUAGGGCCUGGAGGGCCACGAAGCAGUUGGGCAUGAAGUGCAUUCUAUGCUGACCCAAGUCUACUUAGUGUCCCGUCUGAGAUACGGAAACCCUGGAAGCGUUCCGUUUCCCCUUGUUUCAAGAGGUGCACAAAAACUAUGCGAAGCCCACCAACUUAAGGUCAAUAUGCUAGUUCUGCUAAAUAUCUAUCAAGAUGUCAGCCGUACAGGACAAAGCUCUGGUGAAGAUGGAAUUUUUGUCCAUGGUCAUUGGAGUGGACAAGCCCCAGACCAAUAGCAAAAAUGAGGACUACCAGCUGUUGUCAAACAACAAGUCUGUACAGCAGGCCCUGCAAACCUUGAAGGAGGUGGGCAAUGAUGUUCUGUACAAGCUGAUGGAAGAAUACUUCUUGAACUACCUGAAAAGUGGGCCCCCUGGCAGCAUUCAGGCUUUCUCUCCCCUCAGCAAUCGGAUGCCUCCCGCAAAACCGGAAGCCAGACGAACCCAGGAUCUCCCCCGCCUCCCGACCCCCUUGAAUGCUGCCUCUUCUUCAAGCAGGCAGGAGCCCACACCGGGAGACCUGCUGGAGAUUUUCCGAACCAACAAUUCUUGCUGGGCUGUUUAUGUAGGUCAUGGUUGUGUGGUCCACUUGGCACCUCCACAUCAACAUUCUAGUGUUAAUGUAGGCAACAAGAAGGCGACCUGGAAGGACAUGGCUCUCGUGAAGAUGGAGCUGCUUUCUGUUGUGGCAGGGGAGGACAAAUACCAAGUCAAUAACAAACACGAUGACAAGUACCAACCAUUGCCACCCAAUAAGAUUGUCCAAAGGGCUUUCAAAGAGGUGGGCAAUGAAGUAUUCUACAAACUGAUCCAGGAGUACUUCCUGACUUAUCUGAGAUAUGGGAUACCCGGCAGCAAUCAGCAAGAGCCCAAGGCUGGAGACCUCAUUGAGAUAUUCCGAAGAGGCUACUCCCACUGGGCUGUUUAUGUGGGUUACGGCUGUGUUGUCCACCUGGCACCUCCACUCAUUGCUGAAAUCGCACCACUGAAGAGAGAACUGCUCUAUGUAGUGGUGGGAAGCAACCGGUACCAGGUCAAUAACAAGUAUGAUGAGAGUGACCCACCACUACCGCCCAGCCAGAUUGUGCAUCGAGCGUUGAAAUUGGUGGGGAAGAUGGUUCCUUACAAUCUUCUUCAUAAUAACUGUGAACACUUUGCAACUCGAAUAAGAUCGGGAGUCCCUCGGAGUGAUCAGAUCAGAAAUGCCCUCCUGAAAUUACCUGGAGGUAAUUUGGCUGUCAACCUCAUGGGCCUCAUGAAUUGAAAACGAUCUUCAAGAAAGGAAAGCCAAAUGAUGAAAAUAAAAGUGAACAAAGUGAACAUACAA